AUGAGCGCCAUCCUCUCCGUCGACGACUUGAACGACUUUAUUUCCCCUGGCGUAGCGUGCAUAAAGCCCAUCGAGACGCUUCCCGCCGCAGCACCACAAUCGUCCGAGACAGAAGUCAUUCUCGAUGGACAACAAUCAUCAAGUACGGGCGGGGCAGAGCCCGCGCAGAUAUCGCUGACGGAUUGUCUCGCCUGCUCCGGGUGCGUCACGUCCGCGGAGGCAGUGCUGGUCAGUCUGCAGAGCCACGCGGAGGUUCUAUCUACGCUUGACGCCGCGCCAGCGCUGAGGAUCGUGCCCGACGGCGCGGGGGGGGUUCGGGUGGAUGGCCUGGAGAACGAGGAGGCGAAGCUCUUUGUGGCGAGUGUGAGUCCGCAGACGAGGGCGAACCUGGCGGCCGCGUGUGGGAAGGGCUUGUCUGAGGCGCAGGCGGGGCGUAUGCUGGAGAGGUUGUUGAGGAAGGAGCUGGCUGGGGGUGGUGCGUGGGGGAAUGGGUUUACGUGGGUUGUUGAUACGAAUGUUGCGAGGGAGGCGGCGCUGGUGCUGGGCGCGGAUGAGGUUCUAAGAGGAGAUGGGGGUGUUGAUGCACCGUCGCAGCCGGUGUUGUCGUCUGCUUGUCCCGGGUGGGUGUGCUAUGCGGAGAAGACGCAUCCUCAUGUUCUGCGGCACUUGUCGAGGGUGAAGUCGCCGCAGGCGUUGAUGGGGACCAUUUUGAAGACUACGCUGAGUAGGAAGCUGGGCAUUGCGCCGAGUAGGAUCUGGCAUCUGGCGGUCAUGCCUUGCUUUGAUAAGAAAUUGGAGGCUAGCAGGGAGGAGCUCACGGACGAGGUGUGGGCGGGAUCAGGGUUACCGGGACGUGGUGUCAGGGACGUGGACUGCGUUAUCACGAGCAAGGAGAUUCUAAUGCUUGCUGAAUCAAGAGGACUCGAUUUCUUUAACAUUUCAGGCGAAGGCGGCGACGACGCCGCAGACCAUCUUCGACAGUCUGCGGUGCCUUUCCCCGACCAACGACUACAUAAUUUCCUGUUUCCUCCUCGAGCCGGCCCAAGGGUACCUCGUACGGCAGGUUCCUCGGGCGGACUCCUCUAUUAUAUCCUGCAGUGCAAGGCUGCGCAAAUUCCUGGCGCUGAAAUUCAAACGACACGGGGUCGUAAUGCAGAUGUGGUUGAGUUCGUGGUGGCCGUGAAUGGCGAGCCGGUAUUCAAAGCAGCUCGCUAUUAUGGAUUCAGGAAUAUUCAAAACUUGGUGCGAAGGUUGAAGCCCGCACGACCCUCCCGCAUGCCUGGCGGCAAGCCCUUUGGCAGCGCUCGACGACCAACUGGCAAGUCGGCGUCCCUUGAGUAUGGCUAUGUCGAGGUAAUGGCGUGUCCUGGAGGCUGCACCAACGGCGGUGGCCAGAUCAAGGUUGAUGAUCCGGUUGUCCUUGAGAGGAAGCAAAUUUCGGGUAAGCCUGGCCCUCAAGAGCAAAAGGAGUGGUUGGCCGAAGUCGAUGAGGCAUAUUUUUCAGGUGAAGAGGUGGACGGGCCGGCAGGGGCCAAUGGUCGUGGCGAUAAUGGUGCGGUUCGAAGCAGCGAAGAUGUGGUGGGUGGCAUCUCUCGCUCGUAUAUACAUGAUACCCUGGCGUACUGGUGUGAGGUAACGGGCAUUAGCAUAGAUAGACUUGCAUUCACGACGUAUCGCGAGGUCAUAAGCGACGUCGGAAAGGGGACUGAAGCCGAAAGGGUGGUUCAGUUGGCUGGUAAGGUUGGUGGCGGGUGGUAG